CGAAGUUUUAAACUCAUAUCUCCAAGAAACAGAGCCAACAAAACAGAGGAAGAGAAAAAUGACGAUCUUGCUCUGUUUCUUUUUAGUUUCACUUCUUACUCUCGUAUCAUCAAUCUUUCUUAAACAGAUUAAAAACCCUAAAUUCAAUCUGCCUCCGAGCCCUUUAAGUCUUCCGAUCAUCGGAAACUUACACCAUCUCGCAGGAUUGCCUCACAGAUGUUUUCAUAAGCUCUCGAUCAAAUACGGACCCUUGGUCUUUCUUCGACUCGGGUUUGUUCCAGUUGUUGUGGUCUCAUCGAGCGAAGCAGCUGAAGCAGUUCUCAGAACCCAUGAUUUGGAAUGUUGCAGCCGACCAAAGACGGUGGGGACCGGAAAACUCUCUUACGGUUUCAAAGACAUCAGUUUCGCACCAUACGGUGAGUAUUGGCGAGAAGUGCGAAAAAUCGCGGUCAUCGAGCUUUUUAGCUCUAAAAAGGUUCAAUCUUUUAGGUAUAUAAGAGAGGAAGAGGUCGACUUUGUGGUCAAGAAAGUGUCGGAAUCGGCUUUGAAGCAAUCUCCUGUGGAUCUAAGCAAAACCUUUUUCUCCCUCACCGCAAGCAUCAUUUGUAGAGUAGCUUUGGGACAGAAUUUCCAUGAAAGCGGGUUUGUUAUCGAUCAAGACAGGAUCGAAGAACUUGUUACCGAAUCAGCGGAAGCUCUAGGGAGUUUCACUUUCUCUGACUUCUUCCCUGGUGGACUUGGAAGAUUCCUAGAUUGGUUGUUUCAACGACACAAGAGUAUUAACAAAGUCUUCAAGGAACUUGAUGCUUUUUAUCAGCAUGUGAUUGAUGAUCACUUGAAGCCAGACGGAAGGAAAAAUCAAGAUAUUGUCACCUUGAUCUUGGAUAUGAUCGAUAAACAAGAAAUUUCAGAUGCUUUCAAACUCAACAUGGAUAAUCUCAAGGCAAUUGUCAUGGAUGUAUUUCUCGCGGGGAUAGAUACAAGCGCGGUAACUAUGAUUUGGGCGAUAACAGAACUUAUUAGAAACCCUAGAGUGAUGAAGAAAGCUCAAGAAAAUAUUCGAACCACCCUCGGUCUCAAAAGGGAAAGAAUCACUGAAGAAGAUUUAGGCAAAGUUGAGUACUUGAACCACAUAAUCAAGGAAACAUUCAGGUUACACCCAGCACUUCCAUAUGUGGUUCCAAGGGAAACAAUGUCUCACAUCAAGAUCCAAGGCUACGACAUUCCCCCGAAAACGCAAAUCCAGCUUAACGUGUGGACGAUUGGACGUGACCCUAAGCGUUGGACCGACCCUGAAGAAUUCAUCCCUGAAAGAUUUGCAAAUAGUUCUGUAGAUUUUAGAGGACAACACUUUGACCUAUUACCGUUUGGUUCUGGUCGAAGGAUCUGUCCCGGGAUGCCAAUGGCGAUUGCUACCGUGGAACUAGCAUUGAUGAAUUUGCUUUAUUAUUUCGACUGGAGUAUGCCUGAUGGGAUGAAAGGUGAAGACAUUGAUAUGGAAGAAGCUGGUAAUAUCUCCAUUGUCAAGAAAAUACCUCUUCGACUUGUGCCCGUUCAACAUUAUUAAUCGAGCAGUAAUAGAAGCUCGAUAACAUGGAAAAUGAAUGAAGCAAAACUGCAAAAGACGUAACAUUCUUUAGAUUUUGUUGUUGUGAUAUAUAUAUAUAUAUAUAAGAAAAAUGUUGGUUCAUUUGCUUAAAAAUGUUUCGGUCAUGGAAAUAAUACAAUUUGCUAAUAAAGUAGUACUCUGGACCCAA